AUGAUACCCCGAUCCGCCCCCUUGGGGCAACUGACUAGAACCUCAUAUCUUCACUCAGCAUGUCGAUUUCUCUCAAAGACCACAGCAGUUCACAAUGCCCCGGCCCCGGCUUCCGAGAACCCGCCCGCACGCCCGCACGCCAUCAACCCCCGAUGGCUUACAAUGAUGAAGAGGCGGAUUGGGAGGUGUAUGAUGUUUGGUCUCAGACCGGCCCAGAUUGAUGAAGGUGGCAAGAUACUUCAGCAAUUGGCAAGAGACUGGCGGGAAUUGCUUGCAGGAAGCGAGGGGUUCUUGACAGAUGAGAAGCGCCGAAGCUUGUUUCGGCAUAGUGUGGUGUGGGGACAUGUCAACAACGUCACGUAUGCCCGAUACGCCGAGUCGGCCCGAGUAAUUUGGACACGCAACAUGGGAACUCACAUCGACCCCGAACACAAGAAGGAAUGGCUCAACAUGGUAAACUCAAGAGGAAUUGGGCUCAUUCUGAAAAGUCUCAGAAUUGAAUAUAAGUUCCCCAUGAAGUCGCCCGAUAAGAUUACUGUCUACCAAAAGCUCGUCCGUGAUCCCGAUUCUCAAAAUGCGUCGAAUUCCGCCUUUCAGCUCGAGGUCUUGAUUUUAUCCGAAGCUCGUCAGCGGCCCGCAGCUCGGUGCUAUGAGGAGAACACCACUUACAACUACAAAAGAAACCAGAAAACUUCUCAGCUUCCACCAUUUAUUCUCCAGCAGUUCAGAUUGAUGUGGGAGCUGCAAGAGAAGGCAAAAUCGGAAUGGCAGCAGCGGAUCUUGGAUAUUGAGAGCCGAGUACGGACACUCGAAGUUGAGAGCUGGGACCGAACUGAUGCUGUUGAGGACAACGGCUCUGCAAGCUAA